GCUGGGCAUCAGUCAGUGCCUUGAUUUCCGUGAAUUUCAUCGAAGUAUAUCAGAAUGAAAACUAUAUUUCUCGUCGGUUGCAUCUUCCUCAUCGCAGGAGUUGCACAAGGUGUAAUAAAAGACGACAUCAUGCCAGAAUUAAAGGAGCACAUCGAGCCCUGCGCCAAAGAGCAUGAUAUUCCUCUACCUUUGGACGUGGAGAAGUUCUACGAUGCCAGCGUAACUGGUGAAGAAAAAACGAAUUACGGAUGCAUGAAAGCUUGUAUGAUGAAGCGCAUGGGCUUGAUGGAAAACUCUAAAGUUAACGGAGACAAGAUUGUGUCGUGGAUGGAGAAACUUUAUGAAAAGAAGCCAGACAAAAUUCCGAAGAGCCAGGAAGUUGUAAAGAAAUGCAGCGACGAGGUCAAUACCUUAACCGACGAAUGCGAAAUGGCCUUCCGCUUCUCGACUUGCACGGUCGAGAACGACAAUUAAACGAUCGAACGGUUCUGUCUCUCUUUAAAAAUAUCGAUACUCCGGCGAAAUGAAACAUUUUUACGAUUGUAUGUAUAAACUCGAAUAG